CUAGUGAAACAAUGCACAGCUAUGAUUGAGGCCGGGAAGAUGUUUAGCAGCACCAGUGGUGCAUUUGUGUUAGGUGUGAGGGAUCUUGCCAAUUACUUCAGUGACGACAACCUUGUGUCUGACAAUACAAAAGUCUCAGCAAGCUUGAACCGGUUUGCUCAGGCCAUGUCUGAGAUGCUCAAGUACUUUAAUAUUUUAAUGGACCAAGCUCACAGAUCUGUCUGCAAGAAUCUGAACUCUCUAAUAAAAAAUGAUAUCAAGAAGGUGAAGGAGACCAAGAAACUGUUUGAGAAAAUCAGCGAUGACAUGGAUACAGCCUUGAAUCGAAACUCUCAGGCCCCAAAGUCAAAAAUUCAAGAGUGUGAGGAGGCGCAUAAUACUCUGACUGCAACCCGUUCAUGCUUCGCGCAUACGUCUCUAGAUUAUGUCUUUCAAAUAAACGUGCUCAACUCAAAGAAAAGAUUUGAUAUUCUUGAUACAAUGUUGUCUUUCAUGCACGCACAAAGCACAUUUUUUCACCAAGGUCAUGACCUUUUUCAAGAUCUGGAAACUACUUACAUGAAAGAAAUAGCUGGACAGGUUGAAGAGCUCAGCUCCAAAGCUAAAAUUGAGAUGAAGGAGAUGGAGGAAAGGCACACGCUGGUACAGAAGAAG